AUGUCUGGGGUUGAAAUCAUAGGAGUCGUCGCCAGCAUCGUCCAGAUAGCCGAGUUGGGUGGCCGUCUGUCCGUCAAGUUGUGCACGUUCUGUCAUAAAUUCAAGAAUGCCAACAAAGCACUCCGGUACUUGUCCAAAGAUGUCGCACUCACCUGCAAUGUGCUGCGCCAGCUGGGCGAGAGCUUGGGGCAGGAUGACUUGGCUUGCUUGUAUUCCCCCGACGCCUUUGAAACGGCCCAGGAUGUGCUGAGAGAAUGCGAGCAGGUCUUUCAGGAUCUUGAGAGUGCGAUCGAGCAACACUAUCCGGAUCCCCUCUCGCAAUCUCGCGUUGAAAAAGUGACUCGCAAGUUCAAGUUUAUGAUGAACGAGUCCCAUCUCGACACCGUGGCAGGGAACUUGGAGAGAUUAAAGUCGACCAUGCUACUGAUGCUGAAUGUGGUUAUAUACGCUGGACAGAUACGAAGUCGACGAGAGACACAUGAGCUCCAAGAACAGCGCAAUCUUCUCCUUGUUCUGACCAGUGAAAAGAUAGAGAGUGAGAGGGAUUACGAGAGGCUUACGAGAACUCUCCAAUAUACCAGCAUUACCGAGAAAGUUCCACACACAGAGAACUUGGCUGGUGGUGCCCAGCCAGAUGAGAUCAAAGACGAGCUCUACCACUACUGCCAAAUGGUCAAAUCCGUUCUGCACGAUAUCAACACUGUGCAACAGCUUCUAGACCGCGAUCGGUAUUCUAGAGUCAGAAGUGGCUUCAUCAAUGUGCACAGAGCAGAAGCUUUGGCGCUUCAGCGUAUUCAUGGCCAGAGGGCUAUCAGCCUCUUUCGUACACACUUGAGUGAAAGCUAUACGGGAACGAGCGAUGCUGAUAUCCAGGGAAUUCCAUCUUUCUCAGCCGGUCCAACAAACUCCGGGCCAAACCGACCCGCUGAAUUCCCAGCAGACACUACCGCAACCGUUGGAUCCGCUCCAAGCACGAGCAAUGCAUUUGCAACAACAGCAAAUGCAGAGGCGGAUGCUGAAUAUGCAGAAUAG